AUGGACCAGAUGCAUGCGCAGUAUAAGAUAAAGAAUCGGACAGUCAUGAACUAUGUCUUCAGUGUAAUAAUAGGCUUUACAGCGCUCAGUUAUGGCUCAGUGCCGUUUUACAAGAUGAUCUGCCAGGAGACUGGCUGGGGAGGGCAGCCCAUCAAGUCAGCAGCUCACGGCGGUGAUACGUCCGUCGAUCCCUCCGAACGUCUUAAGCCCGUAGAAUCUCAUCCGCGUAUCCGAAUAACAUUCAACGGCUCUGUAUCUGACGUCCUGCCCUGGAAAUUCGUUCCCCAACAACGCGAAGUCCGUGUACUCCCGGGUGAAACUGCCCUCGCCUUCUAUACUGCGACCAACAAAUCAGCGGAAGACAUCAUUGGUGUAGCCACCUAUUCUGUUACGCCUGGACAGGUUGCCCCAUACUUUAGCAAGAUUCAGUGCUUUUGCUUUGAGGAGCAGAGACUGAAUGCAGGGGAAACAGUGGACAUGCCAGUCUUCUUCUACAUCGACCCGGAGUUUACAAAGGACAUCAACAUGAAGGGUAUUGAGACGGUCACAUUGAGUUAUACAUUCUUCAAGGCGAAGUAUGACAAGGAUGGGCAUUUGACGCCUGUGCCAAUGUGA